CGUUCUGGACGACAGACGACCCUGGGACAGGAAGCACUUCUUGCGUGCUGUACUGUAGCUCUCUCUUGCUUGUCGCCACCAGAGCCCGCGGGCAAGCAAGGGAGCAGACACCCAGAAGAGACGGAGACCCCCCUUCCAUGGCCUUCUCUCGUUCCACGUUGCUGCUGAUUGGACGAGACAAGAAAGACCCUCUCUGACAGGGCCGCUCGACGCGCAUGAGAGCUGCCCAAGAAGAUACCUAAAGUCCGGCGCGUCUCUUAGACCCGAGGGAGUAAUGAGCCACGUGCCCUUGCUCCACAUGCUGAUGUUCCACAGCUGCAAUUUUGGCUGAAUAGGAGCAGGAAGAAGAGGAAGAAGUCGAAGAAGACGAAGCAAAGGAAGCAGAGUAGCAAGAAUGGCAGCAGUCCCCAAGCAGAUGCGCGCGGUGCAGAUCAAGGGCGGCAAGGGCCCCUCGUCGAGCCUGUACAUUGCGCCCGACGUGGCGGUGCCCGAGGCGGGCGCCGACGACGUCCUCGUCAAGGUCGCCGUGUUUGGCCUCAACCGCAUGGACCUGCUCCAGCGCGAGGGCGCCUACCCCGUGCCGCCAGGCGCGAGCCCGAUCAUGGGCGUCGAGUUCAGCGGCCACGUCGUCGCCAGCCCCGGCGGCCACUUUACGCCGGGCGACGCCGUCUUUGGCCUCGCGACCGGUGGCGCCUACGCCGAGUACAUCACGUGUCCCGCCCGCAUGGUGCUCGCCAAGCCGGACGCACUCUCGCACGAGCAGGCCGCGGCGAUUCCCGAGAACUUCCUGACGGCCUACCAGGCGCUGCACCGGCUGGCCGAGAUGCGCGAGGGCGAGACGGUGCUCGUGCACGCGGGUGCGUCGGGCGUGGGCCUGGCGGCGAUCCAGCUGGCGCGGCUGCUGGGCGCGAAGCGCAUCUUUGUCACGGCCGGCAGCGCCGACAAGUGCGCCUUUUGCGAAAAGCUGGGCGCCGACGCGGCCAUCAACUACAAGGAGACCGACUGGGCCGCCGAGUUGGCCAAGCAGACCGACGGCCGUGGCGUCGACGUCAUCAUGGACUUUAUCGGCGCAGGCUACUUCAACCAGAACCUGGCCUCGCUCGCGCGCGACGGCCGCCUCGUCCUCCAGGGCAUGAUGGGGGGCACCCAGGUCAAGGACGUCAACAUCGGCCAGCUGCUCCUCAAGCGCCUCCGCGUCGAGGGCUCCACGCUGCGCUCACGCGACAUCGAGUACCAGAGCAGCCUCGUCCAGGACUUUGUCCACAGCGGCAACCUCGACCGGCUCGCCGAGGGUGUCGGCCGGGAGAAGACGGACGACGAUGUGCACCACAUUGUCAUCCACAAGGUCUUUUCGUGGAACGACAUCAAGGGGGCGCACGACGAGAUGGCAGCCAACAAGAACACGGGCAAGAUUGUCGUCACCGUUGACUAAGGCUCUUCUCUCUUGUAGCUGGAUUUGCGAAUUGAAAAAAUUAUAAUGAGAAAGUACACAAAUGAC